AUGGGCAAAGCAAUAUAUGCUGUUGUAGGCAUUGAUUUCGGAACAACUUACAGCGGAGUCGCUUGGGCGCUAGAAGGAAACCCGGAAGACAUUGAGAUUAUAUCCAGCUGGCCAGGAGGAGGAAAUCGGACAACACUGAAGGUGCCUUCUGUUAUCUCAUACGAGAAUAAGGUUUCCAAAUGGGGCUACCAAGUAGGCCCUUUGUCCGAAGUCAUUCGUGGUUCUAAGCUUCUGCUAGACGAACACCAGGACCAAGAAUAUGCCCCUUCUCUUGAAUCAAAGCCCUUACUUGUAAAGUACGGCAAAGAUGCAGUUCAAGUCUCGGGAGAUUACUUGAAAAAUCUCGUCGUGCACGUGAAAGAUACGCUAGAGCGACGCUUUGGAGAAUCCGCCAAGUCUAUGGAACUUAUUUACGUGCUUACAGUUCCUGCCGUCUGGUCCGACAAAGCGAAAGAUGCAACGCUUAGAGCCGCUUUCUUGGCUGGUGUGGACUCUAGUCAAGUAUCUCUUGUGUCAGAGCCCGAAGCCGCCGCAUUACAUUCGCUGCGUACGAUCCAACCGAAUUCAAUCUCAAAAGAAGAUGUACUUAUCGUGUGCGAUGCGGGUGGUGGAACAGUGGAUCUGAUCUCUUAUAAAGUAAGAGACAUAGCACCAUUGGAUAUUGAGGAAGUCACAGAAGGCACAGGAGCUGUUUGCGGAUCCCUUUUACUCGAUGAAAGGUUUGAACGCCUUCUUAUGAGGAAAGUUGGCCUAGAAAAUUGGCAAUGUCUUCGUACACAGUCGAAGGAGUCUGCUCUCUCAUAUUGGAGAGAUAUGGUCAAGCCUAAUUUUGGUGAGGAAUCUGAAUGCGAUUAUUUAGAUGUAGACCAUUUCAUCCCGCUCCCAGGCGCGGAAAGUCAGCCAGACAAGCACAUUGAGGCUGGUUUUGUCCAACUCGAUAGUAAUGAGAUCGAAGAGAUAUUUGAGCCAAUAGUCUUGAAAGUUGAGGAAUUGGUCAGGAUGCAGCUUGAGAGAGUUGCAGAUCUUGGUCUCAAAGUAAAGGCUAUUGUUCUUGUUGGAGGGUUUGGUUCCUCCAGAUAUCUGUUUCAACGGUUGAAGACCAAAAAUCCGUCUAUCCCAGUAAUGCAGCCCCCAAACGCUUGGGCAGCAGUUGUGAGCAACCUGAUGUCGGGCAGUGGAGCCGUUUCCCGCGGUUUGGAAGGAAAUCGAGUCGAAGCGCGAGUUUCUCGUCGAUCGUAUGGUGUCUCAGCCAACAAGAAAUUCGAUCAAUCCCGUCACGCGAAACAUGCUAAGUACUGGUCGCAUACCGAGCAAGAAUGGUUUGCCAGGGACAAUAUGACUUGGUAUAUUAAGAAGUCUGCUAGGGUAUCUGAACACCAACCUAUCAAAUUUGAUUUCUAUCGCACAGUAUUCGUGGAUCAAGCGGAUGAACUACGCUUCACAGAUGAAUUGUUCUUUUGCAAUGACAAAAGUCCACCAGAUAUAAAAUGUGGUAGAGUUAUCCCAUUGUGCACACUGAACUCUGAUCUGAGCAAAAUCCCUCGACAGCUUUUCCGAAGGAAAAAAAAUUCGAGCGGCAAUGAAUAUUAUGAAAUAACUUAUACUCUAAAGGUGACUCCAGCAUCAGCCUCAUUGCUCUUUGACUUAGAAUUCAACGGGGUUUCGUAUGGAAGCGUAUCUUCGCGAUAUUGA